UAUAAGAUUAUAACAUGGAAGAAGAAAGGUCGAAGAUUCUAACAAACUUUCGCUGAAACUUCAUCUAAAUUUUUAAUCCAGUAUCAGCCAACCCUUUCAUCUUUAAAUAAGAUAUAUCUCAAAUUAAGAAAAAGAAUCAUAUAAAUCAGUCUCUCUUGAAUUAUUUUUGUGAAACUCGAAUAUUGAUGAAAGAACAUAAAGAUCCCGUAGUUGUGAUCACUUACGGUUCGUCAGAUAGUUCAGUGACGGCGUCGCCAAUCUCUCAUCAGACGCCGUCAGUUCCAACGCCGUUUUCCUUUGCAUAUUCCGUAACACCGUCGGCUUCGAGGUUCAGCUCACGGCGAGCGUCGGUUCAUGUUUCCGGUUUGGUUCUCCGGUUUAUAACUUUGGUUCUCUGUUUUGUCUCUGCUCUUUCCCUGGCAGUGAAUGUUCAUCGGCCUUCACUGAGACAUCGGACUCAGAGCUCCUCGAGUUUCGCUUCACAUCCUGAACUAUUGUAUUGUUUUGGUGUAGCAGUGACAGGAUUCGUGUAUACAUCUCUUCAAACAUUCAAAGGAAUUUGUGAUAUUACUCACAGAGGAGUUUUAAUCUCUGAGCCUCUCUCCGAUUACAUCAGCUUCAUUCUUGAUCAGGUUAUAUGUUAUCUACUAGUAUCAUCUUCUUCCGUGGCAAUUGCGUGGAUCCAACAUAGAAACGAGGACGCGAUGAAAAACAUAAGAAAGAAUUCUAUAGUUUCAGCUUCAAUGUCUUUCUCUGCUUUCUUGGUUUUGACACUCUCUACCCUCUUCUCUGGGUAUAAGCUUUGCAAGAGAUUUAUGUGGUAAUUAUUUCAUGUAAAGGGUUUUUAUAUUCCACUCCUGUUUGAUCUAAAAAAGAAAUGACGAGUU